UUGAUGGCAUCUCUGUUUACAGAGUUUACUCUUUAAUCUCAACCUGUUUCCUCCUCCUCCUCCCGCGGCUCCUCGGCACUCCCGUGCGCGGCGGCGGAGCGCCUGGGCGCAGCCCGGCAGCAGGGCGCGGCGGCGGGCGCGGGCUCCCCCGUCCUCCUCCCCCAGCGGCCGGUGCGAGGAUGGCCCGGAGACCCCGGCACAGUAUAUAUAGUAGUGAUGAUGACGAAGAAGAUGUUGAGAUGUAUGAUCAUGAUUAUGAUGGUCUACUUCCUAAGACUGGAAAACGUCACUUAGGAAAAACCAGGUGGACCCGCGAAGAGGAUGAAAAACUGAAGAAGCUUGUGGAGCAGAACGGCACAGAAGACUGGAAAGUCAUUGCCAAUUUCCUUCCUAACCGGACAGAUGUUCAGUGCCAGCACCGAUGGCAGAAGGUACUAAACCCAGAACUUAUCAAAGGUCCGUGGACUAAAGAGGAGGAUCAAAGGGUAAUAGAACUCGUGCAGAAAUACGGUCCAAAGCGCUGGUCUGUCAUUGCUAAGCAUUUGAAGGGAAGGAUUGGAAAACAGUGCAGGGAGAGGUGGCACAACCACUUGAAUCCAGAAGUGAAGAAAACCUCCUGGACAGAAGAGGAAGAUAGAAUUAUUUACCAGGCACACAAGAGGCUGGGAAACAGAUGGGCAGAAAUUGCAAAGUUGCUGCCUGGACGAACUGAUAAUGCUAUCAAGAACCACUGGAAUUCCACCAUGCGCCGGAAGGUUGAGCAGGAGGGCUACUUGCAGGAGUCAUCUAAAGCCUGUCACUCUUCAGCAGCCACUGGAUUUCAGAAGAGCAACCACUUGAUGGCCUUUGCUCACAACCCACCUUCUGCACAGCUGCCAGUAGCCGGCCAGCCCCCACUGAACAGUGACUAUCCCUACUACCACAUCUCUGAGCCACAAAACGUCCCUGGUCAGAUCCCAUAUCCAGUAGCACUGCAUGUAAAUAUUGUCAAUGUUCCUCAGCCAGCUGCUGCAGCUAUUCAGAGACACUAUAAUGAUGAAGACCCUGAGAAAGAAAAACGAAUAAAGGAAUUAGAGUUGCUACUAAUGUCGACUGAGAAUGAACUGAAAGGGCAGCAGGCAUUACCAACACAGAACCACACAUCAAACUACCCCAGCUGGCACAGCACCACAAUUGCUGACAGUACCAGGACCAGUGGUGACAAUGCACCUGUUUCCUGUUUGGGAGAACAUCACCACUGUACUCCUUCUCCACCGGUGGAUCAUGGUUGCUUACCUGAGGAAAGUGCAUCCCCUGCACGGUGCAUGAUUGUUCACCAGAGCAACAUCCUGGAUAAUGUUAAGAAUCUCUUAGAAUUUGCAGAAACACUCCAGUUAAUAGACUCCUUCUUAAACACCUCAUCCAAUCACGAAAACCUGAACCUGGAUAACACUGCGCUAACUUCCACACCGAUGUGUGGCCAUAAGAUGGCUGUUGCCACGCCGUUCCACAGGGACCAGACUUUCAAAUCUCAGAAGGAAAAUCAUGUUUUCAGAACUCCAGCAAUCAAGCGGUCGAUAUUAGAAAGCUCUCCAAGAACACCCACUCCAUUCAAAAACGCACUUGCAGCUCAGGAAAUCAAAUAUGGUCCUUUGAAGAUGCUGCCUCAAACUCCAACUCAUCUUGUAGAAGAUCUGCAGGAUGUUAUCAAGCAGGAGUCGGAGGAAUCUGCAGUAGUGGCUGGGCUACAUGAAAGUGGACCCCCUUUGCUGAAGAAAAUCAAACAAGAGGUGGAGUCUCCAACCGAUAAAGCUGGAAAUUUCUUUUCCUCGAAUCACUGGGAAGAAGAAAACUUGAACACUCAACUCUUUGCACAUGCAUCUACUAUGGAAGAUGUGCCAAAUCUUCUUACCAGCUCCAUUUUAAAGACGCCUGUGUCAGAAGAGGAUGGUGGUUUUCACAAAACAUUUGCAGUAGCUAGGAACAGGCCACUGACCAGUCCACUGCAGCACCUGAACAACACCUGGGAGUCAGCAUCCUGUGGGAAGAUUGAGGAUCAGAUGACCCACACGGAUCAAGCGCGCAAAUACAUGGCCAACUUCCCCACCCGGACUCUAGUGAUGUGAAAGGGUUGACAGACAAAGAAGCAUUAUGGUUUUGAGAACACUUCACCUCUGCUGGGAAAUUUCUGUUCCUCUGCAUGAAAACUUUUCAUGAAUGGGAGAAGAACCUAUCUUUGUUGUGGUACAACAGUUGGGAGAAGCACAAAGUGCAUUUAAGUCACUCAGCAUAUAUAUUCUUGUUGGAUUUCACCCAACUUAAGAGGAAUUUUUUUUUUUUUUUAAUAAUUGAUACUUGCCUAAAUUAUUAGGUAUUAAGUUUGAAUCAGUAAUUAAUCAUCUUAAGUGCAGACUUACAAUAAAUAUAAUUUUUUUUAUACUUUCUGAGAUCAAGCAGACCUAAUACACCAGUAUUGUUAUUUCAGUGAUGUGUUAGCCAGGGGUGGGGUUUUGGUUUUUUUUUGUUUUUUUUUUUUAAUAGUAAAAGAGCAGGUACUCAAACAGAUAUAUUUUAAAUCACUGAACAAAAUGCAUUGGUGUAAAAUUCUGAAGUGAAAAGCAUUACUACAAACUCUAGUCUGUGCAAAGGGGGAAAAUGAUCAAGAUUGUGAAUGCUCAAACAUCCAUGCCUCUUGAAAUACUUUUUCAUUCUGUUAUGGUUCUAGACCAUUAUACAUUGUGUGUUUCUGUUUGGGGGGUAAUUAGCUUGCUUUAAAAAAUAUUACUGUAUGAAACAUAGAUUUAUAAGAAAAAUUAUAUUUUUAUUCAGUAAUUUAAUUUUGUAAAUGCCAAAUGAAUACUGUGUUUUGCUGCUACAGACCUUAGUGUGUAGACAUGCUGCUAGUGUAAAAGGAGCAGUAGAGCUUUAUAUGGAAAGAAAAGAAAUGUUGAUGUUAGCUAAUUGACUAUGCACUAGCAUUUCAGACCUUUGUAUUUUAAUUUUUUUUUACAUCAUUUAUAUUUUUCCCCUUUUUUUAUAAGCAAUAUUUUUAACACUGUUCCUGGGAGAUUUAUUUUUUUUUUUGUCUGGAUGUGUUUUCUUUCUCAUUGGUUUGUAAGAGCAUCCAUUGCACCUUCAUAUGUUUGGGAGAACACUGUCUAGUUCGUGUUGUCUGUUUUGUUCCAUGUCUAGCUAAUUGUUCCCUAACUUGGGUCUUGUGUACCGAAUCAGGUUCUUAAAAAUAUAUGGUUCUUCGU